GCACCCCUACAAUCGUCGCGCACGACGAUUUCUAGACGGAUAUAAACGGAAACCCACCCUCUUUCCUCGUGCCACACGAUAAUAAAUCAUGAGCUCAGGUAGACCAAUAAAAUGUGUAGUGGUAGGAGAUGGAACAGUAGGAAAGACCUGCAUGUUGAUAUCGUAUACGACAGAUAGUUUUCCUGGAGAGUAUGUACCUACCGUGUUUGACAACUAUUCUGCACCAAUGGUUGUCGAUGGUAUUCCAGUUAGUUUAGGACUUUGGGACACAGCAGGGCAAGAAGACUAUGACAGAUUGCGUCCUCUCUCCUAUCCUCAGACAGAUGUAUUUCUCAUUUGUUUCUCAGUAACAAGCCCUUCAUCAUUCGAAAAUGUUACCAGUAAAUGGUAUCCUGAAAUAAAACACCACUGCCCAGAUGCACCAAUGAUACUCGUUGGAACUAAAAUAGACUUACGAGAUGACCGUGAAACGCUUACUGCCUUAGCUGAACAGGGCCUUAGUGCUAUUAAGCGUGAACAGGGACAGAAAUUGGCAAACAAGAUUCGUGCAGUAAAAUAUAUGGAGUGUUCUGCACUCACGCAGCGUGGACUAAAGCAGGUAUUUGACGAGGCAGUACGCGCCGUUUUAAGACCUGAACCUCAAAAACGUCGACAAAGAAGAUGCAUUAUGUUAUAAACGACGGAAGGAAUUGAAGGGAUUCAUAGGUAUACACAUAUAAUAAAGCAACAGAUCAAAAUGAAUUUGAUCAUGUAAAGAAAAAAUAUGAAUGUUUUAAAGAGAAGAUGAAUAGUACAUGCAUUUUAACGAAUUAUUCUCUGGCAGCUAUAAAAUAUUAUCAUAUUACGGAAAGAGUACAAUUUAAAACUUACUGGUCUCAACGUGAGUCGUGAUGUUACUUCAUGACCAGAAAGUUUAAACAACGAGAAA